UAUCUAUCUAUCUAUCUAUCUAUCUAUCUAUCUAUCUAUCUAUCUAUCCCAUCCAUCCAUGUACCUAUCCAUUCUCCACACACAUAUACAUCCAUUCAUCCAUCCUCCACACACCCAUCCAUCCAUCCAUCACAUCUAUCCAUCCAUCCAUCCAUCCAUGCACCUAUUCAUCCAUCCAUUUAUCUGUCA